ACGCCGGUAUCUCCAAAUCAUAACAACGAGAGGUGUGUCUAUCAGCAAGGUGCCGCCGCCGGGAUUCAGGGAAAUCCCCUCAAGCCACCGGUCCAAGGGUUACUCCAGCCCCAUCUGUGGUUUCAAACUCAGCAGCCUGUCCGCCCUCGCACAUUGGGAAGGCGGCGCUGGCUUUCACUGUCAUUUAAUUAAAUAUAGACAGCGGUUCUUUUCAAUUUUUGCACUUUAAAAAACCCUACAUCUUUGUGCAUAUGUCUGUGUGUACAUACCCGGGAGCAGCAUGAACUGCUUAGAAGAAAGUAGUGGUGUUAGGGCGGAGGAGGAAUUUCGCCACAGCGGGACCGUGCCUUAUGACUGUCAAAAGUCAAACUCACCGGGGAAGACAGGAGCGACCUGCACAAUCUGUGUAAAUCAUCUCAACUACACCGUCAGUGAGAAAGUUGGGCCUUGGUGGGAUGUUCAGGCAUACCAUACAAAGUGGACCAGACAUAUCUUGAAGGAUGUCUCAUUUUACGUGGAAAGUGGACAACUAAUGGGAAUUUUAGGAAACUCUGGAUCUGGAAAGACCACUUUGUUGGAUGCAAUUGCCGGAAGAUUAAGUAAGCAAGCAAACCUACUUGGUGAUGUAUAUGUGAAUGGCUGCAAACUUAGAAAAGAAGAAUUCCAUGACUGUUUUUCAUAUGUAUUACAGAGUGACAAUUUACUCAGCUACCUCACUGUGGAAGAGACCCUGAUUUAUACAGCUUUACUAGCACUACGUGGACAUUCUAAUGCCAUCAAAAGAAAGGUGCAGUCUGUAAUGUUGGAGCUCAGUCUGAGUCAUGUGGCCAAUCAUGUAAUUGGAGGUCGCAUUUUUCGGGGGAUUUCUGGUGGUGAAAGACGUCGGGUCUCUAUAGCAGCACAACUUCUCCAAGAUCCUAAAGUAAUUUUGCUUGAUGAGCCAACUACAGGGCUGGACAGUAUGACAUCAAACCAGAUAAUUCAGUUACUUUCUGAACUUGCUCAUAAGAAUAGAAUAGUUAUCUUAACAAUUCAUCAACCGAGAUCAGAACUUUUCAAGUUGUUUGACAGAAUUGGCAUAAUGACCUGCGGAGAAUUGGUGUUUUGUGGUGGAACUGAAGAAAUGGUCGAAUUUUUCAGCAGCUGUGGCUAUCAGUGUCCUGAAUACUGCAAUCCAUUUGAUUUAUAUGUGGAUCUAACAUCUGUUGACACUAGAAGCAAAGAAAGAGAAAUUGAAACAUACAGUAGAGUCCAAGAGAUUUCAUUCUCCUAUCAAAAAUCAAAAAUAUUUAAUAAUGUGUUGGAGAAUAUUGAAGCAGCAAAGCGAAAAAAAGAAUCAUCAUCUAUUCCUUUCAAGAACAGAGCAUCUCCAAAUACGGCUGUUAAACUCUGGAUACUGAUCAGACGAAUUGUAAGGAACUUAUCUAGAAACAAGACUGGGAUUAUCAUGCGUCUAUCCCAAAAUCUGCUCUAUGGUCUGUUUGUGGUGUUUUUCUUGAUGAAACUGAAUAGUGAUCCAGAGAAGGGUGCAGUGCAAGACCGAAUUGGGAUAAUCUACCAAAGCAUAGGUGCCUCACCUUAUACUGGGAUGCUGAAUGCUGUCGCUUUAUAUCCUUCAUUACGGGCUGUUGGUGACCAAGAAAGUUCAGAUGGUCUUUAUCCAAAAUGGCUGAUGUUGGUGGCUUAUAUUAUUCACAUCAUUCCCUUCAGCGUCGUCAGUGUGGCCUUUUACAGCUUCUUUGUCUACUGGACUUUGGGAAUGUUUCCAAUGUGGAAACGGUUUGGAUGUUUCUUUGCUGUACUCAUAGUGCCACAUCUAGUUGGUGAACUACUGACACUGAUCUUACUUGGUGUUGUUCAGAAUCCAAAUAUCGUAAACAGUGCUGUGGCUUUAAUUAAUGUAGCAGGAAUUCUACUUGGAUCAGGUUUUUUAAGAAGUGCAGAAGACAUGCCCGAACCAUUCCAGUGGCUGAGUUACCUCACGUUUCAGAAAUAUGGAGUGGAAGUCCUGAUGGUUAACGAAUUUUAUGGUUUAAAUUUCACAUGUGUCAAUGGUGAACAGUCAUCUCCUAACAACACAAACAUUCCUUGCUGGUUUACACGAGGAAUUCAGUACCUUGAUUCAACAUAUCCUGGUGCACCUUCUAGAUUCGUGUUUGAUUUUCUAAUGCUGUAUGCUUUCUUGCCUGCUCUGGUUAUCCUUGGCAUUAUUAGUUUCAAGGUUAGAGAUUUAAUCAUCCAGAGGCACUGAGGACAAAAGGGCUGCAUCUUGAGAUGCUUACAACACUCCUGAAAGAAUGUGAGGAACUUAAUUAUGGAUCUUCCUUUUGAUUGUUUGUUUUUCUCUUUUCCUUAAACUUCAUCUGCUGAGGUAUAGGUGCAGGGUUUGGUUGCCCCACCAUACUUUGGACACUGCUAAUAUUGUCAGACUGGUCAACAUAGCUCAGUCAGUUUAAUCCUGUUCUCAAAUAUACAUCACUUAGGGGGAUGUUAAAGAAAGAAGAGCAGCCCUGACUGACAUUUUACCCCCUUUUAUUCCACCCUGACACCUUGCUUGCCACUUCAGAUAAGAUUGGCCUAGUACAGAUUUGGAAUCAAUCUUAGGAUGUUCUUGGUCUGUAUGAAUUAGCUUUAUAACGAACAUACUCACUAGGUCAUGAGGAGAUGGAAGAGAUCCUUUACAUUUAAAUAGAUUUGGAAUUGGAACCUUCAUAUUUAAAUGAAAAGUGAUCUAGAGUGGACUUAGGUAAUUUAAAAAAAAGUGGUGUGGCCCAUAAUAUAGAAUGCGGCAUCAGGUCUGAUAACUGGCCAUUUAACACUGGUCUUAAUGAUUUUGGAAAAUUAUCCCCCCAGAAACCCAAUUCUAAACAUUCUGUGGCACAAUGAUAUCAAAUUGAUGUCAUAAGACUAUUUUAACAAAAGAUGUUAUGUAAGUUCUUGUCUUUUAAAUAUAACAGAUUUAAUGUAGCUAUUUGGCCAUGAUUUAUUUUCAUUUCAUCUGGCAGGUUUUAAGUUGUAGAAAUUUAUUAUUUAAUGUAAUAUCCACCAUAUAUUUUUAGCAUAAUUGUUUUGAAAAUGUUUUUGAAGAGAGCACAUUACUACAUGAUCAAGAAAUGGUUUACAUUUUCAAAUUAUAUUGUGAUUUGUAAAACAAAUUGUGAGAAUGUGUACAUAUCAUAGGAAAUAAAGCUCAUUUAUCCCAAGGGUAUAUUUUGAGGUACAUUUUGCUUUAUGUUCAGUUUAAGUUUUACUAGUUAGUCAGUAUUUUUAUGGAUACAAUUCUCAAAUAUUUGGUUAAAUAGUUAAUAGAAAGCUGUUCUUGUAAACUGCAAUUAACUUCUUCUGUGAGGUUUUCCAGGCUCUAAUUGAGGUGGUCUUUUGACAUUUACAGUCAACAAUUGAUUGGCUGUAAAAUUCUGAGAAAUGUAAAGUGCUAUAGAAAAGAAAAACUCUAUUUCCUUUCUGUGUAAACAAUUUGACAAACAGUCUAGUGUAGUUAUCUGCCCAAAGAUGGGUUCUCUGCUCAUAUUACUCCACCUCAAGGUCCUGCACUUUUCCUCUUUGAUUUUGUAUAUGUGAGACUUUUAUCAGUAGCCCUUAAGCUGUAUGACAAAGGAAAAGAAUACAAGAUGGUUUCACUUGCUUUCAGUUGUUCCUUUAAAGUGUGACGAUAUUACGGCUUUAAGAGGUGCAGUUUGUCCUGCUUUUUCUUCCAAAGAGAGUUUGAGGCUGAGAUAACAAGCAGUCUAUUCCAAGCCAAUAAACAGCUUAUGAGGCCUUAGAUUUUUUUUAACCCAAGGAACAAUGAAGCAUGAAUGUGUGGAUUUAGGCUUCUAUAGAACCAAGUUUUAGUUUGGCUUUCUCAGUUAACUCAGCCACAUUAAGGAGAUUUAAACAAUCCUUGGAUGAACACAUGGAUGAUGAUGGGAUAGUGUAGGGGGACAAGCUGAGAAUAGUUCACGGAUUGGCGCAACAUUGAGGGCUGAAGGGCCUGUUCUACACUGUAUUGUUCUAUGUUCUUUCAGUAGUUGCUGGAGUCUUGAAGCUGGAUAUGGAAGCUGUUGUUUCUCUCUGUUACAGCUAAACGCUGAAGUUCUUUCUGUUGCCAGAACUGCAAGUGAGACGAUCUAUUUUAUUGAAUUUGCCUUUGUCAAAGUGCGCUUACGGCAUGUUACUAUAUUGGAACGGUUGCUGUUUAGUAGUUAAAUAAUCUGUUAU